GGGCACAGGGAGGGGGGCAGGAAUUAAAAAAGUGAGAGGGUGAGAAGGAAUAGCACAGGAGAAUGGGCACACACAUGGCGGCCCUGGGGAGGAUGGCAUGGCUCUACCUGCUGGGCUCCGGACUUCUGCUUGGCACUGUGAUCAAUGCUUUUAACCUGGAUAGUGACAAUGUCAUCAUGAAGCAAGGGGAACAAGGGAGUUUCUUCGGCUUCUCAUUGGCCAUGCACAGGCAGCUACAACCUGAGGACAAGAGACUAUUGCUGGUUGGUGCACCGAGAACGAAAGCCUUUCCCGCUCAGAAAGCGAACGUAUCGGGUGGAUUGUUUUCCUGUGAUAUUACGUCCACAGCUCCGUGCACAAGGGUUGAAUUUGAUAAUUCAGUGGACCCAACAUCUGAGAGUAAAGAAAACCAAUGGAUGGGUGUAAGUGUUCAGAGUCAAGGACCAGGAGGCAAGAUUGUGACUUGUGCUCACCGAUAUGAAAGAAGGAGAUUCGUGAAUACGCCCCAAGAAUCUCGCGACAUCACCGGAAGGUGUUAUGUGCUGAGCCAAGACCUCACUAUCUCAGAUGAAAUGGACGGAGGAGACUGGAAUUUUUGUGAUGGACGACUGAGGGGUCAUGAGAAAUUCGGAUCUUGUCAGCAAGGUGUUGCUGCAACGUUUACAAAGGACUACCAUUAUGUUGUGUUUGGUGCACCUGGGACAUACAACUGGAAAGGUUUUGUUCGAGCAGAACACAAAAAUAGUUCAUUCGAUGACCUGUUCAUUUUUGAAGACGGUCCUUAUGAGACUGGUGGGGAAACCAAACGCAAUCCAGAUUUAGUACCUGUUCCGGCUAACAGUUACUUAGGGUUCUCUUUGGAUACUAGCAAAGGAAUUACAUCACAAGAUGAAAUGACAUUCGUAUCGGGGGCACCCCGAGCCAAUCACAGUGGGGCUGUGGUUCUUCUAAAGAAGUAUCCGCCCAAUGAGAGAAUGUUGUCUCCGGAGUUUGUCUUCGAAGGCGAGGGGCUGGCCUCUUCAUUUGGUUAUGAUGUAUCAGUAGCGGAUCUCAAUAGUGACAGCUGGCAGGAUAUAGUUGUUGGUGCGCCCCAGUAUUUUGAUAAAGAUAACAAGGACAUAGGGGGAGCGAUCUACAUAUACAUGAAUCAGGAGGGGAAAUGGGAGAAUGUUAAGCCAAUCCGAAUUGAGGGCCCAAAGGAUUCUAUGUUUGGAAUUUCUGUGAAGAACAUUGGAGAUGUAAAUCAAGAUGGAUAUCCUGACAUUGGAGUUGGAGCACCGUAUGCUGAUGGUUUUGGAAAAGUCUAUAUAUUUCAUGGCUCCAAAGAUGGUAUUAUUCGAGAACCAUCACAGGUCAUUGAUGGCCGAAGUACAAACACCAAAUCUUUUGGCUACUCCAUCGCAGGAAAUAUGGAUCUAGAUAGGAAUUCAUAUCCAGAUAUUGCAGUGGGAUCUUUGUCAGACUCUAUAAGUAUAUUUAGGUCACGUCCAGUGGUUAGCAUCCAGAAGACCCUUAAAGUGACGCCAGACAAGAUAGAUUAUAAUAAGAAAAACUGUGUGGUAUCCAGUGGAAUCUGUUUAACAGUAGAGGUGUGUUUGUCGUAUACAGCAAUUCCUAAAGACUACAAUCCAAGAUUAACUCUCGGUUACACAAUUGAAGUUGAAAGUGUAAGACAGAGCCUAGGCCUGUCCUCCAGAAUUGCCAAUUUCACAGGACCGGUAACAAACACAAUGGAACUGAGAUCUCAAAAUAAAGUGAAAUGUGCUGAAACAAUGCUACAUCUACAGGAUAAUAUUAAGGACAGACUGCGGCAGAUUCCCGUGUCUCUUACUGUAGACAUCAAAAAUGUCCGUCGGAAGAAGAGGCAGAGCAGUUCGCUGCCAGAACUUACACCAAUCCAGAAUGCAAAUGAGCCCAAAAAAGUUACUAGAGAGGUUCAGUUUUUGAAAGAAGGAUGCGGUGAAGACAAUAUCUGUAACAGUAAUAUGAAGAUCUCUUACAAAUUUGUAAGUAAGGAUGGAGCAGACGCCUACACAGAACUGAAGAGUGAAAACGGUGUUCCAGUUCUGGCAUUACAAAAUCAGAAAUUUAUCGCUUUGGAAAUCACAGUGACGAAUAAACCCUCAGAUCCAAAGAAUCCGAAAAAAGAUGGUGACGAUGCCCAUGAAGCCAAACUUAUUGCAGAUCUACCCGACACCUUAUCCUUCUCAUCAUUCAAGGACACAGGGAAAACUCCUGAGCGAAACUUUUUCUGCACAUCCAAUCAGAAUGGCUCCAAAGUGGAGUGCGAUCUUGGAAAUCCAUUCAAAAGAGAUUCCAAUGUGACGUUCUAUCUCAUAAUGAGUACUAUUGGUAUAACAGUUGACACCAAGGAGCUGCAGAUCCCUCUCACUUUGGAAACGACCAGCUCACAACCAGAUCUCAGACCUGUAGUUGCUAAGGCCCGAGUUGUGGUUGAACUUCUACUUUCUUUAUCUGGGAUUGCAGAUCCUUCUCAGGUGUACUUUGGAGGUAAAGUCACUGGAGAAAGUGCGAUGAAAACAGAAGAUGAAGUAGGGAGUCUGGUUAACGUUGAAUUCAGGGUCACUAAUUUUGGACGGCCUCUUAAGUCACUGGGCACGGCAUUUUUAGACAUUCAGUGGCCAAAAGAAAUCACCAAUGGAAAAUGGCUUCUCUAUAUUGUAAAAAUAGACUCCAUAGGACUGGAGAAAGUGACAUGUGAACCACAUGAUGAAAUAAACAAACUGAAGCUGCUGGAGACUGGUAAAGUUCGAAACAGACGAGAAUUAGAAGAAAAAACAAAGGAUCCGGAUGGCAAAUUUUCUUUUUUCUCCGAUAGGAAGUACAUGACAUUGGACUGCAAUACUCAUGCAAGAUGUGUGACAAUUAGAUGUCCCCUCCGAGGUCUGGAUAGUAAUGCUGUUAUAAGCAUUCGCUCCAGGUUAUGGAACAGCACAUUCCUUGAGGAAUAUUCAAAAAUGAGCUAUCUGGACAUACUCGUAAAAGCCUCGAUGAGCCUUGACACACCCGCCGACAACAUUAAAUGGACAAAUGAAGGUUAUCAGGUGCGCGUUACAGUUUUUCCAGAGAAGACUCAAGUGCAUUACACUGGAGUACCAUGGUGGAUUGUGCUGGUUGCUAUCCUUGCAGGAAUCUUAAUGCUUGCAUUUUUAGUGUUUAUAUUAUGGAAGUGUGGAUUUUUUAAACGUUCCAGGUACGACGACAAUGUCCCGCGAUACCACGCUAUACGAAUCCCCAAGGAAGACCGCCAGUUCACAGAAGGGAAAUUAAAACAGAACACUGAAAAAAAGCAAUGGGUCACCAAUUGGAAUGAAAACGAAAGCUAUACAUAAAAAUGUUGUUCUGUAUGUUUUCUUUUUUUUUUUUUUAAAUUAAGGGUUACUUUAUUAGGAUGUUGGCAUCACACUGAUGGGAUUGGGUAUGUGCCAAACAAUGGACUUUAUUGUUGACUGGAUGUUACUUUCUAAACAGAUAUGACUAGUUCUGGUCAGCAAUGUUUCAUUUCGAGUUUAUGAAUUGAGGGUAGUAAGUGAAAUAUUAAAAUAAAGGGCUAUCCUAUGAGGCACCCGGACAUUAUUGAGGGGUUUACCUGCUCAGGAAUCACCUCUAUAAGUCCUUGUUUUGGUGGAUCCCAGCCCUUCUAUUUGCUACACAGAUUCCCGUUUGUGUGAGCAGGCUUUGUGUAAUACUACAUUUCGCCUGUAGUGGCCGCUGCAGAUCUGACCGCCAGGCUGGCUUUAUUGCAAAAAAAAAAAAAAGGGUUAUCUUGGCAAGUCAUUUUAUUUGCCGUGAUGGUCAUUACCUGUAAUGACUUGAUUUUUUUAAGGUGUGCAUAGUGUCGGAAGAAGGGGUGCUAUGUUUUAUUUAUCGCUGUUCUGCUGUUAUUAUGCAAUAAUGGAGGAAUCAAACAUUGAAUGAUUUUAAGUGCAUUAAAAGAAAUGUAAAAGAGGAUUUUAUAGCUGCUAUAAGACCUUCUUACAACGUCUGAUGAGAUCUGUGAUCUGUUUGCCUUAAAGGGGUACUCCACUGGAAAA